UCUGCUCCCACCAACGGCUGCGAUUCCGCGAUGAUGCCUAGCAGGUAGCUGACAUGGCGAACUGAACUGAACCUUUCCCAUAACUUUUGAGCAGGACCUGGCAAAUGGUCAGAAGAAGCGACAAAACCUGAGAAGUUGCCGCCAGAGAAAUUGGCGGAGGACAAGUGUACCCCGCUUCCACAAGAGAAAGUUGACACGUGACUCGCCGUGAUUCACGAUUUACGAACUCAACAAACGGACCUUUCACUGCUCCCCGAUAGUCUCGACACAUCGAUCGAGAAUAAACAUCGCUCCUCGCAGUUCGAACCUUCGUAUCUCCCCUUUCCGCCACCUGCAGUGCCCUUCUGCUCCCUCUUUCUCCGCCGCUCCCUUCCGCCGCCGCCUUUCCCCGGGUUCCCAACAUGGCGCAAACCGCGUCGUUCGCGCGCGUGUCACCUGCGCCCGCCGCCCAAUCGCCGCUGCCGGCGCCACCAGCGGGGGCUCCGUUCCCCGAUCUUCACGCCGCAGUCUCCGCCGUGUUCGGCGCCUCACCGCAGGUUCCGCUGGCCGCUGCUGCUGCUGCUGCCGCUGAUGCCGACAGCGCGUCUCCAUCGCCGUCGGCGUUCCUUCCGUACCGGCUGGUCGCGAGUGACAAUAACGAGGGGCUGCUGUACUGCUGGCGGACUGGCAGCGAGGCGCUGACUGUGGUGGGAUGCGGUGGGCGCGAGGGGAACGGGGGCGACGCGGACGCGGAUACAGCCACGGGCGCGUGCGAUUCCAUCCACUUGCCCCUGUUCCCCGCUCCGGCCGCCUCUGUGCGCCAGCUGCUGUUGUCCCCCUCGGGCCGCUCGCUCGCGCUGCUCUCGCCCUCGUCCCUUGCCGUUGCCGACGUCUCCUCUGCUGCAGCGCGCCUGAGAACGCAGGGGGACAGACAGGGCCGCAUGGGGGGAGGGGCGCGGGGGCAGGGGGAGGGAGAGGGGCAGUCUGACGUUGAUGCUGCUCAAUGUGUGUGCGUGGCUGACUUCCAGGCGCAGGGCGUGCACGUGGUGCAGGCGGCAUGGCAUCCCCUCAGUGACGCGCACAUCGCUCUCCUCACUUCCGAUAACGUCUUCAGGCUCUACGACGUCUCAGCAGCCGCCCACUCAUCCACCAGCAGCAGCAGCAGCAGCAGCAGCCCCCACCAGCGGGCACCACGUACGGCAGCAGCAGCAGCAGCGGUAGAGCAGGAGUAUCUGCUGCAGCCACAGGCGUGCAUGGCUGCUGCUGGCGCGGCUGCUGGCUCAUCCCCCGGUGCAGGGGGGGGGGCAGGGAGUGCGGGGGGUGUGGGGCCGCCUGGUGGGUGCGUGGGGUUUGCCUUUGGCGGCGACCACAUCUGGGAGCGGUUCUCGGUGUUCUUCUGCUUCCAAGAUGGGUCCAUAUACGCGCUCUGCCCACUGCUGCCUUUCAACUCGUGGGUGCCUUCCAAGGCCAUUGCAGAGCUAAGGGCCGACGCUGACUGCUGCUCCCUCUCCGCCCCUGCUCGCACCCACGCCCUCCUUGCCGCCUCCUGGCUCUCCCACUCCUUCCCACACCCCCCACACUCCUCUCACUCCCUGCAUGCCCCCACCGGCAAACGGCUGAUGGCUGGGUCGGGGCAGGGGAGGGAGCAGGGGGCAGAGGUGGGGGGAGGUGGGGGGCUCGUGAAGUCGGCUCGCUAUGCCAUUGGGAGCUCGUCGCUUGUGCUGCAGGGCCCCUUCCCCACUAUAACAGGAGACGACCCAUCUCUAGCCGCCCCCUCCGCUUCCCCCCCACUCCCCUCCUCCUCCCCACCUCCCCCAUCGCUGCCGUGCUGCCUGGUGCUCACAGUAGUAGGCCAGGACAGCGUGCUGCUGGUGGGGGAGCGGGGGGGCACGGUGCGGGUGCUGGUGAUGGCGGACGAGAUGCACCCCAUGUGGGACACCGCACGCCCGCCCUCGCUUGACCGGUCGAACCGAGGCACGCUGCUCUCGCUCUCUAUGACUGCCUGCUCGCAAGUGUCGAGCAGUGGCGCUGGCGCUGGUGCUGGUGCUGGUGCUGGUGCUGGUGCUGGUGCUGGUGCUGGUGCUGGUGCGAGUGCUGGUUGGUUGAAGGGGACUGGCCAGCAGCAGCAGCAGCGGCAGGAGGACGGGGGUGGCAGGGGGCAGGCAGGGGAGGGGGGGGCAGAGGGUGGUGCUGUCGUUUGGGCCGGCCACCCUCCCCCUCUGCUGCUCUUCAGCCGCGUUGACCUCUCGCUACCCUCCCCCACACGCCCCAUCUCAUCAAAGUCACCACCACCCCCAUCAUCCAGAUCACUGCUGUCCAAGUCACAGUCGCCAGCACCAUCCCAUAUAGCAGCAGCCGCAGCAAGCCGCACCUCGCCCCCACCACCACCACUAUCAUCUUCAUCAUCCUCAUCAUCGCCAUCGCCCUUGCGCCUGCCGUGCAUCGAAUUGUAUGUGGACGCGCGCGUGCCGGACUUUGUGGUGUGCGCGCAUGCGUGGGGCGUGGACGCGGUGCUGCUGCGCUGGCUGCCCUUCUCCGACCAGCACGACGCCCUCUCCGCCCGCCACAAGGCGCUGCCCUCCGUGGAAGUCUACAGCAUCUACUCCUCCUCCUCCUCCUCCUCUUCCUCCUCUUCAUCCUCCUCGAAUGCCGCGCGUGCUGCUAAACUUGGUGCUGGUGGUGGUGGUGGUGCUGCUGCUGCUGCUGGUGUGCCCUGUAUUGGCUUAGCAGUGCUUUCUGGCAGUAGGGUGUUGACAGGAGGAGCAGAGAAGGGCGGGUGGGGGGAGGAGAGAGUAGUGGUCACAGGGGGUGAGGGGAGGAGUGCGGAGGAGGAGGAGGAGGAGAUGGCGGGGCGUGGAGUGAGUGAGCGGGUGUUGCGAGGUCCCACCACUGCUGGCUCCCAGGUGCUGCAGCAGCUGCCAGCAACAGCGCGCACAACACAGGCAUCAUCUAUGGAGGGCAAGGCCACGCUGCACUCAUGUGCCAAGGCGCUGCAUGCCUCGCAUGUCGCAUACACCCAUGCGGCGUACGUGGAGGUGAGGUCGCACGAGCAGUGGGUGGCGGCGCAGGUGGAGCAGCAGGUGGCGCUGGUGGAGCGGCUACAACGCAUAGUGCAGGUGGAGGGGGACAUCUGCCAGGGGCUGCUGGCGCGCACGCUCGACCGCCUCGCCGUGAACGAGCGCCUCGUGCAGCGCGUGGAGAGGGCGCGUGCCCGGGCGGGGUGGGGGCGUCAGGCGCUGUCCGUGGCUGAGAGGCAACUCAAGGGGGAACUGGACGCCUUACAGCAUCACGAGCUGCCACUGCUGCUAGACUCCGCAUCUCACCUGCAAUCUCGCUGGGAGCAUAUCGCUGAAGCAGAUAAUGGAGGCAGCAGCAAGCUAAGUCCCGCUAAGCCGCAUUCCUACGUCAACAACCGUGAAUCCCCUGGUAGUGGCGCUGCUGCUGCUGCUGGUGCUGCUCCUGCUGCUGCCGCUGCUACUGCUACUGCUGUGGCUGUGUCUCCCCAGCGGCGGGCGCUGGAAGGACAUCAGGCAGUGAGAGUGCGGAGGGCUCUGGGGCAGCUGAGCGACACAGUGCAGCAAGUGGCAGACAUGGUGAGGGAGGUGGAUGCGGAGGUGCUUAGAAUAGACUUACAAGGGCUGCAAUGCGGUGCUGUAUGAGCAAUGCCGAUGUAUGGUUCUUUGUGGUGCUGUGCGAUGCGGUAUGGUUGUUUGUGGCGAUGCGUGGUUCCAGACGGUGCUGUUUCGGUAUGGGGGCAUGUGAUGUGAUGUGAUGGCACAUUCUAGUGUCUUGUGAUGUUAUCUGUCAUCAUAGUGCACAACUGGCAAU